AUGCAUCCAUCUCUUUCGUCCUUCCCACCAACAGCUCAACUGCUCCACUCCAGCCCCCUCUCCCCCUCUCCACCUAGUCCUAGAGUCAAGCUGCGCUGGUCUUCGUUAACGAUUUGUUUUGUUGCCCAAAAUUAUGAUUUUCAAGGUACGCUCAUGGUACACGAGUCGGUCUCCCAGACUCCAGAGUUCCAAGAAUACCUCCGCCAAGAAGCGACGAGAGACCUUCACAUCAACAUGGAGGCCAAGAUUCUGGCCUUGCAAGAAGUGGCUGCGAAGAACUUUGCGCCCCACACUUCAAUCACCCACCCCAGGCUUUUGGUCUUGCAGAUGCAAGAUGAUCAUGCUCCCCUCCAGAAUCGCGGGUUCUCCCUCCACCCCAAACUCUGA